AUGGCGUCGUUGAGAAAUUUUUUCAGAAUUCGCUGGCGUUUUCACGUGGUUGAAUCAUCAAAAUCGCGUUUCUUUGGUACGAAUCGAGUGUUCCGCGGUGCCAAGUGUCGUUCUCGUGGGGAAGCUUUGGCUGGAACCGGUGGACUCACACUCGCUGUUCUGUGGUACUACUUUCGCCGAACUGACUCAAAGGAAUCAGAAUGGAGUUUUUCCUCGUCGCUUGAAGCCAAAUGCGAAGCUGCUGCGGUGACGCAAGGGAAGGAUUCUUCUGGAGCUCUGUUCAAUGGUGGGCACUUCACUGUAACCGAAGAUUUUAACCAAAUUCGGAUACCGAUUACCACUGCCAUCACCCAUGCCAGGGAACUGUGCUCUCGUAGAAAGGACGAAACAGGUGCACCGGGAAUGACGAUCGCUGUCAGCGUCGAUGGGGAAGUCGUGUACACAGAAGGGUUCGGUUAUGCGGACGUGGAACAGCGGGUUAAAUGUGUUCCUGACACUGUAAUGCGAAUCGCGAGCAUAAGCAAAAGCAUGACGAUGGCCAUGGCUGCUAAACUAAUGGAAGAAGGGAAAUUGGAUCUUGACAAACCUGUUCAGGAUUACGUGAAAUAUUUUCCGGAGAAAUCUAUCGACGGGGAAAAGGUUGUCAUUACUACCAGACACCUCGUGUCCCAUCUUGGAGGAAUUCGCCAUUACGAGAAGAAAAAAUUCGAUGAAUCCAACGAGGAAACGUCUGGGAAUAAGCGGUCCGUCGGCACGAACACGAAAGUUGCUGACGAAUUCCAACUUCCCGAAUAUUACCUCAAGGAGAAUUUCAAAUCUGUCGAACAGUCCGUGAAACUUUUCAAAGAUGACGAGCUUAUGCACAAGCCAGGUGAAAAAUUCCUGUACACAACACAUGGUUGGACACUUGUGAGUGCAGUUAUUGAGGCUGCGGCUGGCAAACCUUUUGCCAAAUUGGCAGAGGAGUAUUUUCAUUUGUGGGGAAUGAGGAGAACGUUUCUGGACGAAAAUGCUCCCAUAAUUUACGGCAGAUCAAGGCAAGCUUUUUUCUGCUCUCUAUUUUCAUUUGUGUUUUCAGGAAAUUACGUCAAGGAUUCCCAUGGAGUCAUAAAAAAUGCGCCCUACGUUGACAAUUCGUACAAAUGGGCAGGAGGUGGAUUUCUGUCGUCGGCGGGAGACCUGGUGAAAUUUGGCAACUCAAUGCUGUACUGCUAUCAAACGCCUGAUCAGCUUUUUGGCAAAAUUACCAGUCAGUGGCCGGAAGGGAUUUCUGAAGCAGUCGACAGUGAAGUCGUUGUGGGGGCCAGUAGAACGGACAAAGGCCAGCUGGGACAAGGACGCCUCCUACGGCAUGGGAACACCGGAGGCGCCAUUGGUGCGAGCAGCGUCUUGCUCAUUUUGCCUGACUACGACGUACCCGACUUGAAGACAGGUAGCAAUAAAGUGGAGUUCGAAAGAGCCCCGAGAGGCGUGGUGGUUGCAAUACUCGUUAAUACUCAGAAUGUUGGGCUCAAUGGAAUAGCCAACGAAAUCGCGAGGGUCUUUUAUCUCGACGCCGUUUUAACGUUGGCCUUGGAGUUCGCGUUCCCUGAAGCAAUUGGACUAGAAAAUGAGCUCGGAGAUCUCGACGCCGUUUUAACGUUGGCCUUGGAGUUCGCGUUCCCUGAAGCAAUUGGACUAGAAAAUGAGCUCGGAGGUGGUGGCAUAAACUCCAAUGUCGCUUCAACCCCAGGGUAA